GUUAGAUGUGGCCCUUGUGGCUAAAGGGAUCAGGGGGUAUGGAGAGAAGGGAGGUACAGGAUACCGAGUUGGAUGAUCAGCCAUGAUCAUACUGAAUGGCAUUGCAGACUCGAAGGGCCGAAUGACCUACUCCUGCACCUAUUUUCUAUGUUUCUAAGAGGAGUUGAGUAUAGGAACAAAUAGGUCCUUCUGCAGUUGUACAGGGCCCUAGUGAGACCACACCUGGAGUGUUGUGUGCAGUUUUGGUCUCCAAAUUUGAGGAAGGACAUUCUUGUUAUUAAGGGAGUGCAGCGUAGGUUCACAAGGUUAAUUCCCGGUAUGGUGGGACUGUCAUAUGCUGAGAAUGGAGCGGCUGGGCUUGUAUACUCUGGAGUUUAGAAGGAUGAGAGGGAAUUUAAUUGAGACAUAUAAGAUUAUUAAGGGUUUGGACACGAUAGAGGCAGGAAACAUGUUCCCGAUGUUGCGGGAGUCCAGAACCAAGGGCCACAGUUUAAGAAUAAGAGGUAAGCCAUUUAGAACGGAGAUGAGGAAACACUUUUUCACACAGACAGUUGUGAGUCUGUGGAAUUCUCUGCCAGAGGGCAGUGGAGGCCAGUUGUCUGAAUACUUUCAGACGGUCAGUAAUUAUUGGCCUCACUACUUAACCAAAAAAUAAUUAUUUAAAAAACUUAAUGGUUCAGAAAAAUCUGCAAAGUAGGACUGUGAGUUCUAUAAAGUGUUUCGCUUCAUUAAACCCGCACUACACUGAACAACUGACAUGGACCUGCGAAUUAGCUCAAUGCAUUCGUUUUGUGCAGCUCAGCUGGUUAAUUGUCCGAGUUACAGCAGCCGUGGAAGAAGCCCCAAACUUGCAUUCUAUAUGGUAUUCUCAAUGGAACCCGUUGCAAUGCUGCAACAAAUACUGAACUACGUGCUGGCCUCAUAUUACACGUUUAAAAAAAAACCAUAAUGUGUUGUGUGGAGUAGUUUAAACUAACUGUAAGUGCAUAAAUGCAGUUAUAAUUCUGGAAGAUUCUGUGACCACCAGCCGUUUGGGAAGCUUUGUAUGAUACUGUACCUUUCAGAACAACCUGCAUUAUUGGAGGUUUUACUGUGAUAUCUCAUCCAAAUGAAAGUUUUCACCAGCAAAGAUGCAAAUAGGUUAUAUUCCUGAUCAUGGCUAGUGAACAGGGUUUGCGGGACAGUUCCUCAGAUCAAUCCUCAAGAAGACAAGGGAAAGAUUCUACUUCCAGUAGCAACAAUUCCGAUAACAAGACAAACAACAGCAGUAACAGCAGCACCCCUCGAAGAAAUAGUGCGUACACAGAAUACUCUGAGGAUUUUGACAAUCACUGCAGCACUGCUGAAUCAUUAAAAAGAGAAAAUGAAAAAGAAAAAUUGCAGGAAGCAAAGAAAGUGAAAGAGAGUGUUCAGAAAAACAACAACAUAGACAAUCGAACAAAAGUACAACCCAAAGCAAGAUUGAAAAUGCUGCAAAAUUGGAACCAAAAUGCCUUAAAAAAUAAAACACAAAAAAUGACUAAAUUUACCAGUAUGGAGCAAGCUUGUGAUUCAGUGACACGGCACAUAUUGUCAGCCAGACUGAACAAAACAAAGGAAUUGAAGAAUGAGGUGUAUGACCUUCAGAGAGAGCUGGAAAACGCCCGGUUGGAAAACAGGUUGCUCAGGCAACUUCAGUUCCGACACAUGAAGGCCCUGGUGAAGUUCGAGAACGAGCAGAACAACCUGCCCCAGUUGUUAGCCAGGCACGAGGGCGAGGUACAGAUGCUGAAGGAGAUGCUGCGGAAGUCAAAGGAGCAGGACCGGUGUGUGGCAAAGCAGCUGAAGGAGGCCGAGUUGGAGCUGUGGAAAAUAAGGAGCUCUCAGCAGAAGCUGAAGACAAUCUGUGAUAAGAGGAACCUGGAAGAACGGGACGAGCUGACCUUUAAGCUGACGGACCUCACAAAGAAGCUUGAGAUCGACCAACAAAAAAUUCAGGACUUGGAGAAAAUUCUGGAGUUAAAAGGUAAAAGUUUCAAUCACCAGCUGGCUACAGAACACAGAAAGACACGGGAUGCACUUGAUCAGAUAAAGAAGCUAGAAUUGGAGCAACGGCAUCUGAACCAAAUGCUGACGGACAAGGAAAGGCUCUUGGAUGCUAGAAAUAUCUAUUUUAAUCGGUUCACAAAGAAUAACACAUCAACACCAAGACAGAAAGCAAAUGUGGCCAAAGCUAUACAGACGGAAGAAUGCAUUUCUCCCAUCAAAUUUUCUCUUCCUAAUGUUCUUCCAACCCUCGAGAAGAAGGCUGUUCAUAUUGAGAAGGAAACGCUGAAAGAAGUUAACGAUGAAGAUAGCAGAGCAUCAAAAUGGCAACAAAAAAAGGAAGACAUUGAAAUAGAUCUUGAGGCGGAGAAAUUAAGAAAAGAAUACGUGCAGGCAGAAAGGAGGUGGAAGGACAUGGUCGAGAAAGAUAUCUUGGAAAACCUGGAAAAGGAUAGAAGGGAAAAGCAGGAGAAAGAAAGAGAUGCCCAAUUUUUCAAGGAAGCCCUUGAAAGUGGAGACCAAGAGCAAGAGGAAAUCAAUGAGAUGAAGGAAACAGAACCGCAGAAAGUUGCAAACGAUUCACUGCUGGACGAUACCAAGGAAAUAGAUGACUCUUUUUCAUUGUCAGAGAGCUCCAAUAAAACUCCUUCCAGGCUCCGGAGACGUUACAGAUUCACAGAACAAACUGAGAAUCUACACCAAGGACUUCCUGUUUGCAAACUAUCGUAUGCGGCCCAAAAUAACAUCAAAAGGCGACAAGACAAGCAGGAAAGCAAGGAGUCGCUGGACCUGGGCGCUUCCUUCAGCAGUUACGAGCCAUCCUUUGGGAAGCUCAGUAGUCGGAUGAAUGAACUGAGGCAACACACUGGGGACAGGCCAAGCGAGAAACCCGAGAACCGCCUUCCGUCGCCUUCAAAGAAUGAUAAGAAGAACACCUUCAUAGAAUCGUUAUUUCGAUCAGGCGAUACUAUAGAAAAUAAAAUCUGCAAGGACAGUGAGGCCGACGCCUCUGACAAACUAAAACAACUGCAGAAAAAUAAACAGACCAGUCGAAUUCAGGUUACCACUAAAAACAGAUUGAAUCUUCUGGAUCCUGAGUUGCUGCCUGUAAGGGUUUUGGAAUCAUCUGCAGAUGAAAAUGAAAAACUUGUUUUACAAUGAUUAAAUAAAUAAAAUUAUAAACUUUUUAUGAAAAGAAUUUCAAAGUUCUA